AUGUUUGGCGCAAGCAGUAAUACAGGUGGGGGGUUAUUCGGAGCAUCGAAUACUAAUAACAGUGCCUCAAGUGGCGGAUUAUUUGGAAGUAAACCGGCUGCCUCGACCAACACUGGGUUUGGAUUUGGACAAUCAAACACCACCGGCCAACCAAACUCAACAGGAGGCAUGUUUGGUCAAUCACAAAACAACCCCCCCAAUGCAUCGUCAGGAGGAGGAUUGUUUGGAUCGAGUCAACAGAAACCGGCUCUGGGGGGAGGAUUAUUUGCUCAAUCGAAUAAUUCAGCAACCAUUGGUGGAUUUGGCGCAAACAAUAGCGGUUCAACAUUUGGAAAGCCUGCGGGAUCACUGACAAGCGGGGGAGGGUUAUUUGGUGGAAAUCAGCAACUGGGAACCAACACGGGCGGCCUCUUUGGUGGCAAUCAACAAUCACAGAAUACUUCAGCGUCAGGAGGAGGUUUAUUCGGCAAUAACCAACAAAGUGCUAACACGGGUACUUCUGGUGGAUUAUUUGGAAACAAGCAGCAAAACACAGGCACUAGCGGUGGGUUGUUUGGGAGCACACAGCAAAACACAGGUGGUGGCGGUGGGUUGUUUGGGAGCACACAGCAAAACACAGGUGGUGGCGGUGGGUUGUUUGGGAGCACACAGCAAAACACAGGUGGUGGCGGUGGGUUGUUUGGGAGCACACAGCAAAACACAGGUGGUGGCGGUGGGUUGUUUGGGAGCACACAGCAAAACACAGGUGGUGGCGGUGGGUUGUUUGGGAGCACACAGCAAAACAACACAGGUGGUGGCAUGCUUGGAGGAAACCAGCAAUCGUCAACCUCGGGUGGACUUUUUGGAAACAAGCCAAAUACAUCAACAAGCGGUGGAUUAUUUGGAUCCAACAAUACUCAACAAUCUGGCGGUCUUUUCGGCGCAGGCAAUACAAACAGUACACAGGGAGGUGGCCUUCUUGGAGGCAGUAAUACAGUCAGUGGUGGCUUGUUUGGGGGUCAGCCCCAACAACAAUCAACACUCUUCUCCAACACCACGAACAACCAGCAACCAUCCUUUAGCUGGAGCCAGCCACAACAAGUACAACCUGCUGUCAACAACAUUACUACACUUGGAGGAUUUGGCCAGAAUGCAAACCAACCGCAGAAUCCUAAUCCCGCAGCAUAUACCCCAGCCGUAAAUGAUCAAUUGGCCAAAGUCUACGAACAAUGGGAUCCAAAUUCGCCAAAGUGUGCUUUAAAGACGCAUCUCUAUAACAAAUUCAGCGAUCAAGAGAUGAAUGUUUUGAUGUCGCAGCCGCGACCAUCCAAUGAAACGCCAGAAGAUUGGGACAAGGCUAUGACUGAAAGACCGGGUCAGAAUUUUUACCCCAUAAAGAUUACGUCUUAUGAUGAAGUUGCUCAAAGAAUUGAAACUCAAUUGGACUAUGCCGCUAAAGAAAAAGUUGUAUUGAACCAGAUAAACGAGAGGCUAAAUACCUUAUCAGCAAAGCAUGAUUUGGAAAACACAACAAGAAUUCUCAAGGCCAAGACAAGACAUACGCAAUUAUCUCGAAGAGUUUUACGUUUGGCUACAGUAUUGGCAAUGCUCAAGUUGAAAGGGUAUCCUCUACUUCCAGAAGAGGAGGAGAUAGCUAAGCAGUUUGACAUUUUAAGUACGAAAUUGAAUGACCCAAAUAGCCCCAUUGGGAAAGUGGGCGACAUAUUUGCCAAAAUGGCCAUACUCAAAGAGAGAGCAGAGGAUAUGAAUGUUCAAUUCGACAAGUCGAUACAUGCAUUGAAUGAAUCGUUCGAUGGUGGGGUGGUCGCCAUUAAGGGCAAGUCCAAAGACGAGGCAAGUAGUGCAAAGGAUGUUAUUGAAAAGAUUUCGCAGAUUUUAGUGAAGCAACAAAUGGGAUUAAACUAUUUGAAUGAGGUAUUGAGGAAGGAUGAAGAAAAGGUGGAAAAGUUGGAAGCAAGUAGAAAGUAA